AUGAAGUAUUACAGCUCAUACCGUUCCCAAGUUUUCGGUGUUGCUAGAAUUUUUGCUUCAUUCAACGAUACCUUCGUCCACGUUACUGAUUUAUCCGGUAAAGAAACCAUUGCCAGAGUCACUGGUGGUAUGAAAGUCAAAGCUGACAGAGAUGAAUCAUCUCCAUACGCUGCUAUGUUGGCUGCUCAAGAUGUUGCUGCUAAAUGUAAAGAAGUCGGUAUUACUGCUGUUCACAUUAAAUUGAGAGCUACUGGUGGUACCAAGACCAAAACUCCAGGUCCAGGUGGUCAAUCUGCUUUAAGAGCUUUAGCCAGAUCUGGUUUAAGAAUUGGUAGAAUUGAAGAUGUUACUCCAGUUCCAUCUGAUUCUACUAGAAGAAAGGGUGGUAGAAGAGGUAGAAGAUUAUGA